GCCUCCUGCGCUGACAUAUAAAAGUGAAAUAACUCCAAACAUCUGUCUGGAUUUAAUAAACUUUAUAUAAAAGAUGGCAUUUCUGUUUUAAAACAUCCAAGAUGGCGGCUGUCGACGCGGUUCUCCUUCACUUUGGUUUCGUCCAACCGCGGCACCACCGAGGAAGAAGCGGCCGAGCCGGUGGAGGAGGAAGAACCGGUACAGCUCCGUGAGCCGCCGCUGACACAUGGCCGAGCCGGUUCGGCGGCAAGUUUCAGCUGAAAUAUUUCCUCCGCAGUAGCCGCCUCCCGUGUCCCUCUCAUGGCGGAGACAGCAGAGAACCGCGGCCCUCCGGCUGCUGGAGGUGACCCGACACCGAGCGACCCGGAGCCGGGCGGCGGGGCAGGUGACCCGACGGUGGCGGUCCCUCUGGGGCUGGACCGGGAUCGGAGGAAGAAGCUGGUCCUUCAUGUGGACCUGAACAACACCAUCCUGGUGUCGGACGCGGUGACGGCUCAGGGGACGGUGGCUGCCCUGGACUCCUUCCUGACCACCGUCACCUGGGGGCGGAUGAACAAACACGGAACCUGGGAGUGGCUCAGCGACUCGCCCUCCUUGCUGCCGCCCUGCAGCGACGCCGUCUCCUACUACUCCCAGUUCGGACGGACGCCCGGUUUCACCUCAGCGGCCGGGCGACGCUUCCGGGGGGUUCUGGACGAGCAUCUCGACCUGCUCCGCUGGCCCGAAGGCGCCAAGAGCGACAAAGAUCUGUCGGUGAAAGGAGAGGACGGACGCCUGUACCACUGGAUCCUCCCGUCCUUCUUCCAGCUGCUCAGGGACCUGGUGCAGGAGGGACGGGACUUCGCCGUCGUGUUUCGGACGUUUGGAAGCGACCUGCCUCGCGUGCUGAGAGCUGUGCACCGAGCGCUGAGCGAGGGAACUCACCCGCUGUUCCCCGACCUGCCCGACCUCAAGCUCAGUGUGGAUCUGACUCCAGGAAAGAUCCGCUGCAACAGGAAGGGAACCGUCCUGAGCCGGGCCGAGGAGCGAGUGUCGACCCGGGACGGAGAGAGAAGCCUGUACCAGUACUUCAGCUCCGUCCAGGGCCUGGGGGGCUUCCAGGACCACUACGACUGGUGGGUCACCAACACCUUCUCCAUCCGCGGGGGGAAGCCGCUGUGGGUCGACCCGUUUGACCACCACGUUCAGCACAUCUUCAUCGACGACAACAUACGGCAGAACGACGAAGACACCAUCGUCAAUCCAAAGGUCUUCUUGGACCCGGGCGGCGCCGAGACCCGACCGGCCUGCACCUCGGAGCUGUACGACCUCACGCUGGUCCAGACCGACCUCCUCCGAGCCAUUUCCGACCCGAGCUACUUCACCCGGAGCGUCCACGUCUGUCUGAAGAACUACGAGAGGAACCUCCAGCAGGGGGCGGCCUAGAGCUCGACUCCACUUCCUGUUUGGCGACCAUCCAGAUAUGCAGACGCUGAAGACCGUAGGUAGGACUGAGUUAGGACGCGAAUGGAGGACGCUUUAGAGGUUUAUAAAGACUAAAUAUUCUUAAAAAGGUUAGAAGGACUGUCAUUGGUCUGAAACCACUUGAUCUUCUCCAAUGAAAGGACGCUGGCUCCCACAGAGAAGCUCUUUGCAGUCGGAUCAACCUCCACACUCUGAGUUUCUGACACGAUGAAGUGGUUCUCAGACGGAGCCCGUGUGACCAAUCACUCGACGGGUUAAUUGCUGUAACUCUCAGAGAUUUGCGGCGUAAUUGGGGUCAGAUGCGACUGAAGACCUCUCGAGCGACGUUCGGCUCCUUCUUUUGUUUUGCGCGACGUUUUCCCCGCGCUGCUGCAGGAUUUAUUGUUUACAUCCACUCAGAACCCAGAGCGGCGACACUUGAAUGUUUCCAGACGACUGAGCGCGCUGAGCUUUAAGUGCAAUCUAAUGCGACUUCCUCGCCAGAAAACGACACGAGAAUUAGGUUUGAAACAAUGCAGUUUAUCUCCUGAUGCGAUCAAAACACAAUAAUCCAGCGCGAGCGUGUCGGAGAUGUUUGAUUACACAAACCUUCUCAUCGUUAGGAGUUUAUUUUCUGUGGGUUUAAUUAUUGGAAAGCACUCUGGAGUGGAAUAUUUAACAGGCUGUGUGGAUGUUGUAGCACUUUUUCUUUUUUUGGCUUUGAGGGUUUUUUUUAAAUAAUAUUUCUAUCGUUAAGCUUCCAGGGAGAUUCUUUUAAUUGCUUCAUUUUUCUCAGGUCAGUUUUAAAGAGACGGCUGAGGGGAAACGGUAGCACGAAUAUAAAAAUAAAACGCACUCAAAUGCAGGCUGAGGGAUGAAAUCAGCAUUUUUCAGGAUGUAUUUAACGUGGAUUUGUUUUUUUAAAGACGAUAUUGACGCUGGAAUGUGAAGCUUUGUUGGCUUUGGCUGAGUUUUCAUGAAGUGCGACUCGAUGUAUGCUCAAAAAAAUGUCUGUAUGAGGAAAGUGUUUGGUUUAAAGUAGCAGACGUUACAGUAUAAUGCAGCAAACAGUCUGCACAGGUCACGUCCUUACAGAUAUAAUCGUUCAUAUUUGAACCGAUGCAGAGUUUUGACGAUGCUUUACAACCGUAGAUCAGCUUCCAUCCAAACAUGGGGCAAAAUUUACAAGAAAAUCUGCCCAAAAAAAAAAAAAAAUGUUGUUUUAAAUGUAAGUG